AAUGAAGGCGCGAAACGUUCAACAACUACAGGAAAACCCAGCCGCUCACGUAGUCGUUCACGAAAACGUUCACGCACCAGAAGUCGCAGCCGAAUUCGAAGUAAUCGACGUAGUCGUGAUCGUCGGCGGCGGUUGUACUCGCGAUCACGUUCGCGCAGCAGGUCACAUGUUCGUAGCCAAAGUCGUAAAAGACGACAUCGUUACAGAAGAUCACGUUCCCUUUCAUAUGACCGCUCUAGGCGCAAACAUCGGUCUAGGCGCUCCAGUACAACAUCGAAUUCACGAUCUCGAUCGCGUUCGCGCGGUGGACAUGCCGUAACACAUAAACGGCGCUACAGAUCGACGAGUAGUUCCUCCCAUUGUUCUAGGCGACGAAGUUCUCGCUCCGUAUCUAGUAACAGUCGACAUUCUGAGCGAAAACGCAUACGAAACUCGAAGCACCAAAAAGCACAAUCGGAGCAUCGUCGUACGCGUACACGUUCAAUAUCGAAAACGAGAAUUUUGCCAUGCAUUGAUGGCAGCUCUAUUGCACCGCAGGAUUUGACCACACAGAAAGCUCCAAUUUCAACUCUGGUAACAACUGUUGCUGCACUAAGCACCACCGCUAUACCUAUGGUUAGUUAUCCAUUAUCAACGCGUUUGACAGCGAUGUCUACAGCAGUCACUGUUGCGACUAAAGCAACACCACCCCCACCACCAGUAUCGGCUUCAACAACUACGUCGGCUGCGAACACAUCUGGCACAAGUAAUGAAAUUACAAUAUUGCCUACAGUGGUGGAACCACCGCCACCACCGCUCAAACGCUACUACGGUCGAAAGCGUGGAGAUGAUUCAUCGGAUUCCGAUAGUAAUUCUGUCUCAGACACGAAUGACGACAACAAAGCCACCAAACAACCUGCGCCAAUCAGCGGUGAAGGAAACGACAGCGAUGAACGCAUGGAUGUGGAUACUACCUCUGAACCCUCCAACCCUUUGCCAUCGUCGUCGACGUCAACUACUGGUAAACAAACAGGCAAAUAUAGCACUACUGCUCCGGCGAAAAUCAAUCCAAGUUUAUCUAAUGCUACCGAAACCAAAAGCUCGUCCUUGUCGACGCCGCAAAGCAGCAGUCGUUUGAAUUUGCGCGAACGACUGAAACGCAAAAUGCAAAAUUUGCUCAACAAGCAAUACAAAGCGGACAAACGUGCUGAAAUCGAGAAAUGGCAACGUGAAAGGCAACUGCAACAGGAGCGCGAGGAUGAAAUGCGCGAAAUGGCACUCAAACUGAGACGAAGGCAACGCGAACUGCGCCAUCGCUACGGCACCCCAUCAAGUGGCAAGGGUUCUGAUAGUGAUGCUUCGGGAGCAUUAAAAUCCGCGCAACCAACAGCGCAACGGCGCAGUACGUCGAGAAGUAGUGAAACCAUUACCGCGCCUGCCACAGAAAAGAAACUAACACAAAGUCAUCAACAUAGCACGGGCCGUGGGAAUGAUGACAAGGCGGAAGAGCAGCAUCAUUCAACAGUAACUCAUCACCAACAUAGAUCCCUACAUCGUAGUAGUAGUCGGGAGCGUGCGCAUCGUUCACGCAGUCGCAGCCAGUCUUACUAUCAAUCGCAGCGAUCAGCAGGCUCUAAACGGCGCUCUCGUUCCCGUUCGCGUAAUCGUCGUAGCGCUUCGAGACGUCGGCGACGAAGUGCAUCACGUUCUCGUUGGCAGCGUGACACCAGCCGUGAACGCGCGUCACGUCAUCAACGCACUCAACGUUACGAUGAACGUGAACGUGAGCGGGAGCGUGAGAGGGACAUAGAUAGAGAUCGCGAUCGUGAUCGCGGCAGGCGUUCACGUUCAAGAAAUGAACCACGGCCUAGAGAAAGUUAUCGUGACCGUGAUAGGGAUAGGAAUAGGGAUCGUGAGCGCGAACGUGAACGUGAACGCGACAGGGAUCGUGAUAGGGAAAGAGAUAGAGACAAACAUCGGCAUCAACGCGAUGCUCAAUGCUACAGACAGGAGACUGCCACAAGCAGUGGCAGCAGUGCUAAUACUAAUAGAAACCGCAUUGUCAUAUCUGCGCCACCAAAACUAAAGAAACUAGUUGAUUACUAGAUUAGAGACUGGGAAGAAUGCAAUAUCUUCCAUGUGCGGUAAUUGUUUCGAGUUUUUUUGUUGUUUACUUUUUCUAUGUAUGUAAAUAAGGGUGGAAAUUUUCGCAAACAAAAACUUUAGUAAUAUUUAAUUGGAAAGAGUUACUUAGUAAUAAACAUCAUUGAAUUGUUGAGACAAAUACCUACCAUAUAACGAUGGCUGU